AAUUUAUGCACGCGGGAGCGACGCAGAGGGCGCUGUAUUCCAGCUGACGAUCGAGGACGAGGAACGCAGACUGAUUGUAUUGUAAAUUCAAACUCUUGUUUCAGUCUUUGUUGUUGCAGUUGCCAGUUCAUUGUUGAUCAAUGACCUGGAGAGAGCGUGAAUGCAAAUGACAUCCUGGACUGCUUCCACCUUGCUCUAUUUGGCCACCAUCCUAUCUCCCGCAAUGAUCCCAGAAGAAGCCAUUUGGAAAUAAAGAACUUUUCUACAACUUCUCUGUGGUUCUUUGUGGUAAAGAAUACUUUAAUACAAAAGUCAUCCUGAACUCUGCUCCCACUGCCUUGCACCAUCAAACAACCAUUUACGGUAUUCUCUGACAUGAUGGACACCUAGAAAGAUCUCUCAGGACAUGGCUUUUUUAUUUUCUUGAUUUUGAUUGACCUAUGCUAUGAUCUCCAGGGUAGGCCUAUUAUUACCAGUCAAUUUGAUUUUAUUCUGGGCAUUGCAUUGAUCAAAAUUUGAGUUUCUUUGGGGUUUUUCUUCAGCGGUAAGCUACAGUAAUGUGGCCUGAGUGUACAUGUACUGCGGAAAGAUAGGACAGAACCUCAGAGAAAAACAUGGCAGUAGCACUCUAAUCCCAGGUCUGAAAUGAGAUCAUUGCAAUCAUGGAGGAGUCUACAGAAGACCCAGGAAACACUCAAUCUUUAAUUACUUUAACCAGUCACCCACUAUCUCUCAAUAACCAUGGGAUUCCUUCAUCAUGGGAUGACCAUGGUCAUGACCAAACCAGACCGAACUCGCACCAUCGUAAACGGCUCGGGAAAAUGGGUAUUCUUGAUCAGAUUGUCCUGAGGAAGUUGAACCAGAAACAUGAUGGUGGACCUUGUGGAGCAAGAGCAGAAAAUCUACAGGAGGAACAUGAAGGGAAUGACAAGGUGAAGGAUUGUCAUGAAUACCUCGUCAUAAAAGCUCAGUCUGGAGACACAAAAUAUGAAGGUGAUAAUGUGAGAAAGAAAAUGAAUAAGAGGAAAAGAGGUAGGAAUAGUCAGAUUUCACUUUGGAAAGGUAGCCUUCUAGAGGAAGAAGAGGCUCAAAGAAUGACUGAAGAUAAACAAGGAGAGAGGAGGCCUGUUUUAGGUACAGUGGCAGAGACUAGUUUUAAUGGUAGUGUUGGUGAGGAAUUUGUGACCCAAGAUGAAGAGACAAUGGAUGCGGAGGUUGAUAAAGAUAUCAGCGUUGAUUGUUCAGAGACAUCUCCUGGGGUACCUUCAGUUGGUGGAAGGUUCCAAGCUCUCAAUGCCAAAUCGAACGUUUUUAAGACAAAAGGCAAACUUUUUGGGAUGAUGAGUAAGAUGGGAGACCGCAAGAAGCACACCUGUGGAGAAUGUGGGCGUAGCUUCAACCAGCGAAGAGUGCUAACUAUCCAUCAACAGAUGCACAUGGUCCAGAGGAUGCCAGAACUCGUGCGUGAUGGGCAGGGGCCCAGGGAAAAGGCUUGCAAUGUUCUUCAACACAGAAGAGCUAGUUUGCCUAUGGAAACUCACCGUGAGAGCAAUGAGGUACAUGUUCCUGAAGAAGAAAAGGUAGUGACUCCAUCAAGGAUCUUAAUGCAGGAUGAUAAAGCGGGAAGUUCUCAUGUGGAAAAGUUGGGCAUAGAAAAAGGGGAAGAAGUGAUCCAGUCUAGGAAUUACUUACAGGAAGUUUCUGAACAGCAUGUUAAAGGUGCGAACCAUGUCCAAACAAGUACCACCAAGAAACGGAGAAAAGUCAAUCCUGAAACGAGAAAAGUUGAUCUGGAAACAUCUUGUUUAGAUAAAAAGGGUUAUGCAUGUGAUAUCUGUAAGAAGAUCUUUAGCUUGCCAUCUUUCCUGCUUAGACAUCAAAUAGUUCAUACGGGUGAGAAGGCCUUUUCUUGCCAGCAUUGCGGGAAGCGAUUUGGACAGAAAGCCUCUCUGCAACGACAUGAACAGACGCAUGGCAGAAAUCAGCCGUACAUGUGCAAUGAGUGUGGUGAUGGCUUCUCUUCUUCUAAGAGGCUCGAAAGGCACGCCAAAGAAAAACAUAGGGCAUCGAGCGAGAAGUCGGAUCUGUCCCUUAUCGACAUCCCUGCAGAAUCACCAAAAGCUCAGAAUACAACUUCACAAGAUAUGAAAAUUCCCUUAGAUUCAUCACCAGCUGAAAAUACAACUUCACAAGAUAUCAUAAUCGCAUUAAAUUCACCAAUAACGCAGAAUACCACCUCAGAAGAUAAAUUACAGGAAUCUGCUACGACCAAUGGUGCUAGUCAGAAGGAAACGCUAGGAAACAAGAAUGAAGGUUUAGAAACCAGUACAGCACCAUGCAUUGAUCCUCCGGCCUUGCUGCGGUCAAGAGAUCCAAAGGUGUUCACAUGCCUCGUCUGCGAGAAGACGUUUCUCCAACGUAGCCACCUCCUGCGGCACAGCCUUUGCCACACUGGCGAAAAACCAUUCAAAUGUAAGGAAUGCGGCAAAGGUUUCACGCAAAAAUCCACAUGCCUGCGCCACGAGAGGACCCAUUCCGGCGAGCUUCCGUUCAUAUGUACGGAAUGCGGGAAUGGGUUCGCCCAGAAGAGUGGCCUUCAAAAGCAUCGGCUUAUUCACACCGGUGAGAAGCCGUACGGAUGCAGCUUCUGUGAAUGCCGGUUCACCCAAAAGACUACCUGUCAACGCCAUGAGCGCAUUCACACUGGGGAAAAACCUUACGUUUGCCAGGAGUGUGGGAAAGCUUUUGGACAGAGCACAUCCCUAGAGAGGCACGUCAAGACACAUUCUAAGGUGAAAAAACCUGAAAGAAGCAGCGAUCCAAGCUGAAGUAUAUUCAGGAACAGCUGCUUUGCCUGUAAUAUAAAGUGUUCAUAAUUUAUUUAUUUCAUUUGCUUACACAUGAAGAUACAUUCAAUUGUUAUGGCAACAAAAAUAACAGAAUAUUAAUUAUUUUAUAACUCAAAUUCUAGCAAAUUUUGUCAUUUUCGAAAGGAUUCCAAUGCUACAAAUAUAUCACUACAUUUAGAUGAAGAAACCUGCUAAAAAUCUCAAAUGACAAUUUUAUUUAUAGAGAAAUUGCAUGUACAUGUACAGUAGCAAAUUGUGGUAAGACUUUCUUUCCUUGAUAAAACAACACAGUCACAUACAAUAAAUUGAUUUGGUUAGGGAAGAAGAACGAGACCUUAUGGAAGUGUUUUCAUGCAACUUUGUUUAUUUGCAGUUUAUCUAUAAAUUUCAAGCCAAUAUUAGAUGUAUAUGUACAUGUAUACAAAACAUCUCGGCAGUGUUCUACAUGAAGGUAUACCUAUUUUAGUGGUGGUCACUAUUCAUGGCAUUACAAAGUUUCUUUAAGGCAGAGUUAGUGGUCUUAAGGCGAAAGGUGAACCGUCAAUGAAAUAACAAUCUGACAUUAUCAAAUCUUUGAAAAUAAACUGAUAUUUAUCAAUUAUAACAAUGUGUAAUGUAAACUAUGCAAUUGAAACAAGAUUAAAGAUGGAAAUGAAGGGAAGUGCAACUCCUCUUUGCAAGGAGUUACUUUUAAACACUUCAUUUGAAAUUAGUCAUGGACGGAAGCAGUGUUUUUCAUGAAUGGUGGUCGAAAUCAUUCUGUGCCGGUUGGGCCUGACCACUGCCGUCCACUGUUGCUUUAACUCUGUAACUCAGUGUGCCUACACUAUCAUUCACCAUGAGAUAUCUUAAAACACGUAAUUACAAGUACUUCUUUGUUAAUUGGAUAUCAAUCUUUGUUAAUUUCAUAUAAUUCAAUCAGCAAUUACAGCUCAUUUCUAAAUUCAUGUUUAUUUUUCAAGGCAUUUGUUGGAUAAUUAUCCUUCGAUAGCAUCUAAAAACUUUACUCUCAACUCAAACUUCAAUAUUUUGAUGACUUCAUUGGUACAGCUACAUGUAAGCAUUUUAAAAUAGCACUCAAAUUUUUUCAGCAAAUUUUGAUAGUCAUGAUGCACAGUAUAAAAGCUAUGAAAAUGCAAUAUAUUUAUUGAUUUUGUAUUAUAAAUAUUAAGGCAUUGUAUAUUAGGUGAGUGUAAAUUAUUUUUGGAAAUCAAACUUACAAUCACGUUCAAGUAGAUUGGAUGAAUUCUGUGUAGUAUGUACAUGUACUUUUCUUGCCAAAUUAUUCUAGGUAUUUAUUGCAUACAUGUAGCACAUGGGCCAUACUGUUGUGAUAAUUCAAAUACAGGUGAGCAUAUAAUGCAAUGUUGACAACUCAAACUCAAACUGGCCUUACUUACACUAACUUCACUUUGUGUCUGCCUACUCCUUUUCUUUCAUCCCCUUCACUAACCUGAUUGGUCUUCUCUACUCACUAAUGCCCCUUUUGCCUCCUUGUUUCUAGUGUUGCUGUAGCUUGUUUGUGGUCUAUAUUAUGGUUGUUCCACUUUAUGUUUGUCAUUUUGCCUCCGACGAAGAUUCUGCUAGGAUCGAAAGCUUAGGCCCCUUUUUGACUUUCUAACUCAAACUACAUGUAUACGAGUACAAAUGACAUACAUACAUGUAUUAUGUACAACUUUCCAUGUGUGUGUUUACAUGUGUACUUGUUAAUGGGAUUUUCACAUAAUAAUAUUGUCUGCAAAUGUGUAUAGGGUCUGUAUAUUGUAUUCUCUUGGUUACAAGGCACUGCUUAUAAGUUUUGAAAAGGGCUCUAUCAAAACACACUAAAACAGCAUUGAGUAUAAAACAGGCCGGUGAUUGAUCUGUUUAUUUUUAAUUGGUGUAAUGCCAAUUUGUCCAAUUACCAAUGUGUCUACAUGUACUAUCAUUUGUUCUACCAUCAGUUCACAUGGUCUAAUUAGUUUGUCCACUCACCAUUUUGUCUAAUUACCAGCUGUUCCAAUAGCCAUUGGGUCCAUAUAAUGUACCUUUGGUCUAAUUGGAGUAAGUGUUAAAUUGGACGAAAUUUCAUGAAAAUAAAAUGGAUAUUAGACCAACUGGUUUAUAUGAGACGACAUAGACGAACUGGUGAUUAGACAAAGUGAUGUUGGACCAAAUGUUUGUUAGACAAAAUGUUGAUGGACAGAAUGGCAUUACCGGUAGACUACAUGAAGGUAAAGUCCAUGAGUUGAAUGGACGAGUUGGCAGUAGACGAUUUUGGCAAUUUACUGAAUGAUGGGGGGGGGGUCCUUGAACUCUUGAUGCAUUGACACACAAGCCCCUGUGUGUUAUUUAAGCAGCUAGCAGUGAAUUAACCCUUUGUAUGUCAUAAAAACCCAGUUAUUUAGAGGGCUAUACAUUUUGUCUGAACAUUUUGAAAGUAAAUGUGUAGCAAAACUGUAUAGUGUUUUGUGGGCUUUCUUGUGUAUUAAAUGUAUAGGAUUACUAUAAAGCAUAAUUAGAUUUUUUUUUUUCUAAAAUCUUUCUUUCAACACUUCCAGUGAAACUUAUGCGCUUUUAAUUUUGCUUCUUGUUCUUUAUAUUUUCAUAUUAAAUUCUUGAUAGUCUGACAUAUAUUACCCCUUCAAUAUUUUAAAAAGGGGUAAAUACAUGUACAUGUGAUAUAUGCACCUAUUUCACAUACAUGUUGAAAUAUCACUUGAGAGCAGACUAAGCUACAUGCGCAUGUAAUUGAAAAUAUACUAAAAGGGCUAAAACUAUUUCAUCUAAAAUUGCAGGUGUGUUUCUGCUCUUACAGCUCUCAAUGAACCUGACUGGUAUUGUUUGUGAGUAGGGUUUUAUUGAUUUUCUCUUUAUUCAAUGAACUGCUGGAGGAUGUUUUGAUUUUCCUUCUUUUUAUAGUAGAUUUGAAAUGAAUGUAUCCAAAACAAAACGGUACUUCAAAACUAUGGGUAUAAGGAUUAUGUAUUGGUUGUACAAAAAUGAAAACGAAAUGCAUGAAUGUUAACAGAGCUAUUGUUAUAUUCUGAAUUCUCAAGUGGUGACAUUAUUAAACAACUCAAUUACUUAUAGAUUUGCAUUUAUUAUUUUGUUAUUUAUACCUAAGAAUGACUUAUCGAAUUGACAAUGAAUAUUCAAUUAGUCAUGCAUGUAUGAUGCUCAAAAGUGAUGUAAUAGUAAAUUGCAGUUAAUGCUGCUAUUGCACGAUUUUAGGUUCCCGCAUUGGCAUUAUCGUAACAGUUCGCAACAAUGCGGUUUGUGCCAUAUGGUACCGAAUAGUUUACGCAUUGACAAAACGUUCACGCAGUAUUUACGAGUAGUUUGUAUACUGUUACCAGGUGCUAAUCCAGCGUCAGAUCCUACAAAGCAUUUCAUGGGCCCAAUUGUCUAGGAACAAUAGUGACUAUUUCGCUUGUGUAUGGCCAUACAUUUCUUUGUCAAAGUUAAUGCUGGAUACGCUAUUGGUCACAUCAUUCAAUUCAUCAUCAUUCAUUGGAGCAUAAAAUUUAGCUCCAUGAAUUGCCAUUUAAUAUAGCCAAACUGCGCAUGCGUAUGCCUUUGAAGCGAGUAAUUCUUAUGCGAGCGUGAAUUAUGCGCAAAUUAUUGUUUAACUUGUCGCAAACUACCAGUAAUCUCGGCGUGAAAUGCGUGCCGCUCAUGCCAUGGCACGACUUGGCCUGACAUGGUUGCGCACAGUUUACGAAUAGUUCACGCCAAUAAUCUCCUAAAUUUGUCGUGCCAAGAUUUUGGAAAAUUUUUCAAUUUUGGCACGACACUUCAAGCAUUGUUCUGCAUCUGCCCGCCCACUUCAUGACAUGGCACGACUCGAUGCGUGAACUAGUCGUAAACUAUUUGGGCCCCAACAUUGUGCAAGUGUAAUAGUAACAUAAGAAUGCUGAUGAGUUUGCCAAAGUCUCUUUGGACCACAGAAGCCUGUUGUAUGUACAUGUACAUGUAGAUGAUGUUUUGAGAAUAGGUUUUUUUUUUAAAAAAGGUGUUUUAUAAAAUCAGGUUUGAUUCUAAUAGGGCUUGUAUUAAAGGAGAGGGUUGACUUAAGUGAUGAAAAAAAAAUGAAUAUCCAUAAUUUAUUGUUCGAAAUAGACAUGAGUGAAAUACUCCGAAAAUUUGCUUUGCCCAAUUGAUCGUGGGCCCGGCAGCCGCUGUGCAGCGCCAGAUCGACGAGGCUCUAUCCCUUUAAUCGUUGAACGCCAAACAGGGUAGCAGCAACUCCCAUCUUUUAACGUCUUUUGGUCUGACGCGGCCGGGAUUUGAACCCCCGACCUCCCGGUUGUGUUAAAAAAAAAAAGUAUUUUAUUAAAUCAGGUUUGAUUCCAAUAGGGCUGGUAUUGAAGGAGAGGGUUGACUUAAAUGAUGAAAAAAAAGGAAAAUCCAUAAUUUAUUGUUCGAAAUAGACAUGAGUGAAAUACUCCGAAAGUUUGCUUUGCUCAAUUGAUCGUGGGCCCGGCAGCCGCUUUGCAGCGCCAGAUCGACGAGGCUCUAUCCCUUUAAUCGUUGGAACAUCAAACAGGGUAGCAGCAACUUCCAUCUUUUAAUGUCUUUUGGUCUGAUGCGGCCAGGGUUUGAACCCCUGACCUCCCGGUUGUGAGAUGGAUGCUCUACCAACUGAGCCAACACACCGGUACAGACUUAUAACUGGACAUGUCAGCGCAAUGGUUUUGAUGAUGUAUAAAAAGUGGCUAUCAUGUAAAUUAUGUAAUAUUUCUCUUCUGGAGACUUUUAAGGGUUGUAAUAUUCUUAAGAUAUGUUUUGUUCAACCUGUUGAUUCUUUAAAUUGCACAUGGAUAUACAUUAAUUCUACAACCAGAAGAAUCCCCCAAAUAAAUCCUGUGUUUUCAUUCAACAGUGCAAUGUGAAGGUUACACUUUAUCAUGCCCAAAUAUUUAAAAAUAAAUAAAAGAGCCCUUUUAGUGUUGUAUAAGUAUGCUCUCCUUUAUACCUCAGUCAUGCUUACCCAUAAUUUUGUGUAUGUUAUUAUAUUAUAGAUUCUCCAUGCUUAUCGCUUGAAAUAGAAUAAGAUUAUGAACACAA